AUGUGGAGUUCCUUAUCCUCCAGCAGCGGCACACGGCUGCAUCGGGGUUGGGUUGAGGAGGCGUCACCUGAGGACAGACCCCCCCAGACUACACACAUUGUCUUUGUGGUUCAUGGGAUUGGACAGAAGAUGGACCAGGGACGCAUUAUUAAAAACACUGGGAUGCUGAGGGAGGGGGUGAGGAAGAUGGAGGAGAAGCACUUUUCAGACCAAAAUGACGAGCAUGUGGAGUUCUUGCCUGUCGAGUGGCGCUCUAAACUUGCACUGGAUGGAGAUACGGUAGACUCGAUCACACCAGACAAAGUGAGAGGACUGAGAGACCUUCUCAACAGCAGUGCCAUGGACAUCAUGUACUACAACAGCCCCCUUUACCGGGAUGAGAUUACAAAGGGCCUAACACAGGAGCUAAACAGACUGUACACUCUUUUCUGCUCCCGGAACCCUGAGUUUGAGGAGCGGGGGGGCAAAGUGUCCAUUGUGUCGCACUCCCUCGGCUGCGUCAUCACCUAUGACAUCAUGACGGGGUGGGAUCCUGUGCGCUUCUGUCAGCAGGAGCAUCACGGCGUGGAGGAGGAGCUGGACCUGCGCUGGAUCUCCUGCGAGGAGAAGCAUGUUGUGGAGCAGCUACGGCUCACCAGGAACAGGUUACAAGAGCUGGAGAAUCAACUCCUCACACUGGAGGCAUCAAAACCCCCAGCCCGUCCUUCUCUCAAAUUUAAUGUGGAGAACUUCUUCUGCAUGGGCUCUCCUCUGGCGGUGUUCUUGGCUCUGAGGGGGAUCCGCCCUGGGACCAGCUGCCACCAGGACCACAUCCUGCCCACCUCCAUCUGCAGCCGGCUCUUCAACGUCUUCCAUCCCACAGACCCUGUGGCCUACAGACUGGAGCCUCUCAUCCUAAAACAUUUCAGCAACGUUUCACCUGUUCAGAUACACUGGUGCAGUGCCAUUAGUCCCACACACUAUGAUGCGAUCAGGCCAACCUACUUGAAUCCAGUGAAAGACCCGGCGUCUGACACUGAGAGCCUCCCCAGCCCGAGCACCUCACCUGUUCUCGCCCGCAGACACUACGGAGAGUCUAUCACCAACCUGGGCAAGGCCAGUAUACUGGGUGCGGCGAGCAUAGGGAAGGGCAUCGGAGGAAUCCUCUUCUCACGUUUCUCCCGCUCCAACAGCCAGCCCUCGGUGUCUCUGGGACUGGAGGGGGGGGCAAACACUGAGGAAGAGGAGCAGAAGAGAACAGAAAGCCAUUCAGCAUACGGCCUCUCCACCUUGAUCCGGCCCACCUCCCCCAUUACUGACACAUCAUUGGAGCUGGAGCGGCGCAUCGACUUUGAGCUCCGGGAGGGUCUGGUGGAGAGCCGCUAUUGGUCAGCGGUGACCUCACACACAGGUUACUGGUGCUCACAUGACAUAGCACUCUUCAUGCUGACCUUCAUAUACAAGCAGAAGAUGGCCCCCCCUGACCCAGCAGAAGAUAAUCUGGAGCCAGACUGACACACGCACACAUUAUCGGUGUCUUAUAACUCUGCAGGGGGUGUGUCACCUUCUCAACGAGGCAUACAAAUAAACCUCAUUCUUUUAUUUUUCAUACACACAAACUGCUCGAUACACUAAUUGUUCCUCUAUCUCCGUCUGAUCCAGCUCUUUAACACAUUGGAGUCAUUGCUGACGAACAGACUCUACUCCACGAUGUGCAUUUUUGUCUCGUUUUGCGUAGUUUGUACACAUUUGCGCACCCUAAGGGUGACCAUGUUGGACUAGGAACCCCUAAGGAGGUGCACCCUUUGCCAGUAUGACCACGAGUCACAUUAAUCAUGGAAUAAGAGACUAAGGAGUUUGUUUUACUCAGAGGAAGAGAGUUCUUUCUUUUCUCACAUCUUUAACCUUAAACAGCUGCAGUCAGUUGAUAAAGUGUCCAUAUAUUUCCUGUCAAUCAAAGCUUGAGUCCCGCCUCUGUCCCGCACUCAUUCUCCAGCCUUGUCACAGACUUGCCUGACCCUCGGUCCCUUUGUGUUCUCCCUCUGUCCCUUUUUACCUUUUUUUUUUUUUUACACUAAGACAAAUAUAAUUUUCAAAAAAUGUUUAGUUUUAUCUCUGAAAUAAACCUUUAGCUUCCUUCAUCUCAAAAACGAAAUGCCUUUCAAAAUUAGCCAAAUAAUACUACUCAUGUAGAACAAUAUUGUUGAAUUUUUCCUAACUUAACCUUAGGACACUAUCCCUUUAAGAAUGUUUUGAAAAUAUUAAAGACAUAACAAUAAUUAUAUAUUGAAAUGUUCCUUUAUCUGAUA